AUGGAGAAGCCGAAGCAGGAGGAGGGUGGGAAGAAAGGUCCGAUCUCGACGAGCCCAAGAUCCGAUGGAAAAGAGGAGGGAGAUGGGAAUUGGGGGAAUUUGGUGAUGGAGUCAGAGCGUCAGGUUCCGAGGCAGAACGAACAAGGUGCGAUUUCAACGCCGUGUUCGGGGUCCAAGAAAUCGGUGCAUUGGAGCAACGAUUUGGUGACCCAAUCUCCUUCUGUUGCUUGCAAUGCUUACGGGUCGAAUCCGCAUGCUUCUUCGCCUCCUUCCUCUUCAACUUCCAUCAAGGAGACGGUGGAUUCUUUAUGGACCGUGCUUGGGAGAUGGGGAAAGCAAGUCGGGGAAGCUACCAAAAAGGCCGAGGAUCUGGCUGGCAACACGUGGCAACAUUUGAAAACAAGUCCAAGUUUUGCGGACGCAGCACUGGGAAGAAUUGCACAAGUGACCAAAGUAUUGGCAGAAGGUGGGUACGACAACAUUUUCCAACAAACCUUCGAUACAACACCCGAGGAAAAACUCCAAAGCUCGUUUUCAUGUUACUUGUCAACCUCUGUCGGUCCUGUUAUGGGCGUAUUAUACGUAUCUACGGCCAAGCUUGCAUACUGUAGCAACAAUCCCCUUUCAUACAAGUCCGACGGCAAAACCGAAUGGAGCUAUUACAAGGUAAUCAUCCCAUUACAGCAGCUAAAGGCAGUGAAUCCUUCCUCAAGCGGAAUGAAUCCUGCUGAAAAGUACAUACAGAUAAUCUCUGGUGACAACCAUGAAUUUUGGUUCAUGGGGUUCUUGAACUACAAUGGUGCUGUGGAAUGCCUGCAGGAGAUACCUGAGUUGCGAGCUAUACAGCCGGUGUAAUUGAGU